AUGAGUCCCCAGUCUCGAGUUCCUGCAACUGCAGAGUCCGGUAUCUUUACCCGGCUUGAAGCAUUGCCAAAUAGCUACACUUCUGAUACCAGUCUGCGACGAAUGUUGGGAUGGUAUCUUCCAGUGGAGAUUUUGAGCUCCGCUGAACCCCAGCUCGCCCAACUCGGCGAGGAGGCUGUUUCACCCCAAAUCUCUGCGUGGAAUGCCGAUGCAGAAACUAACCUGCCAUAUGUUAAGAAAUACAAUGUCUGGGGCCAGCGAUAUGGGUAUGACAAGCUGAUUACGACUGAGGGGUGGAAGCAGUUAGGGAAGUGGGGGGCUAGGCACGGUGUGGUCUCAUUGGGAUAUGACCACACAUACGGAGUCCAUAGACGUACUGUUCAAUAUGCUGCAGUGUAUCUAUUUGCUCCCUCGUCAGCCAUGUACAGAUGCCCAAUGAGCAUGUCCGAUGGAGCGGCAUUUGUCCUGUCACAGCGUCUCAAGGAUCUUCCCAGUGAUCAUAUUCUGCACACUGUAUUCAGGAGACUCACCUCCAGAGGAGAUGACUACUGGACAUCUGGCCAAUGGAUGACCGAGAGAGCAGGUGGGAGCGACGUUCAGAAUACAGAAACCUGGGCUACCUACGCACCUUUACCCGAGGAAUCAAAGACCUCCGACGUCCUCUCCGAGGGGGAUUAUUUGAUCAACGGGUUCAAAUUCUUCUCCUCGGCGACAGACGCCAAUGUCGCCUUCCUUCUAGCCAAAACCGAGUCCGGGAAACUGAGUACCUUUAUCGCACCAUUAAGAAGAAAUAUCAUCGGCGCAGAUGGAAGACCAGAAGAAGUCUCCAAUGGCGUGCGCAUCCAUCGCCUGAAGAACAAACUCGGUACCAAGGAGCUACCCACAGCCGAAUUGGAGUUGAAGGGCAUGAGAGCUCACCUCGUCGGCGAGCUCGAUCAAGGCAUCGUCACCAUCGCACCACUACUAAACACCACCCGCAUCCAAACACUUCUUGGAACAUUAUCAACCUGGCGCCGUGCUAUCAGCAUCACGAAGAAUUUCGCCAAGUCACGACGCACUGUUGGCGAGCCAUUAUGGCUGAUUCCAAUGCACCUACGUCUCCUCGCUGAUCUAGAAGUCAAGCACCGCGGCGCUAUAAACCUUGCAUUUUUUACAAUUGCAGUAAUGGGCUUGAUUGAAACCCCAUCUAGCUCGGCACGCCAUGCACAUAUGCCCAACACUCCUUCCGAAGCAAAAGUCGUCUUCCGGGUCCUAACCGCCACAUGUAAAGGCGUUGUUAGCAAGAUGUCAAUGGUUGGCGUGCAGGAAUGCCAGGAAGCCAUGGGUGGAGUCGGAUAUAUCGAUGAACCCGACGAGCCCGAAUUCAACAUCUCGCGUCUCCUCCGCAGUGCAGCCGUUUAUCCGAUCUGGGAGGGCACCACAAAUGUGCUGGCUAGUGAACUCGUCCGCUUCCUGAUGAAAGGAGAUAACCUGCGCAUUUUGUCAGGGUGGCUGGAUCGUGUUAUUUCUCUGAUUCGCACUCCGUCGCUGGUGGGUGCUUUGAAGCAGGCUCAGGCUUCUUUCCUUGCUCGUGUGGCGCCUACUCAUUCACAGGCUGCGUUGCUUGCGGAUGCGCGGAGGAUUAUGUUCACCUUUGCUUGGAUACUUGCUGGGGCUCUGAUGACGGUGGAUGCGGAGCGUGAUGGGGAUGGUGUGGCGAUGGAAAUUGCUCGCAGGUGGAUCCUGUUGGGUGAAGGUGGUGUGGGUGAGUUUGUCUAUCGAGAUAUUGUUAGGCCUUAUCAAGCGUUUGAUUCGGCUGCUGGCACAGAGGAGCAUACGAAAUGGGAUUGUAGAAUUGCUUGGGGCGUUGAAUUGCCCGCUCAGGCGGUAUUUGGACAUCGGUCUUUGAGUGAGUCUUCGAAACUCUAG